AUGGAUAAAGAUGAUUUAUUUAAUGUAUAGGAAUCUUUGUAAUCUCCUGAAGAAGAAUUGAAAAAGUAAAAUGAUAAAAAGAAAAUGAAAGUUGAAGUCUAUAUUAGUGAAGGUGUUUAUGAAUAAUUAAGAGGUUACUAAAAAUUAAAGUAAUAAUCAAUUCAAGAUAAUUUCAUAAUUCCAACACCAUUAAAAUAAGCAAAUGUCAAUAGAUAUAUUGAAUUAAUUUAGAAAUCUAUUGAUAAUGGUCAUAAACUUUAAAAUACCAAAUUAAAUAAAGAAUCAAUUGAUAAUUUAAUCUAAUAAUUUAGAGAAUCAGAAAAAUAAAAACAUAUCUAAACAGAUUCUCAAUCUUUAAUUAAACCUUAAGAUGAUAAUUAACAACAUAGUACCAAAUAGAUGAUAUACAGAUCUAUGAAAACAUAUUAACCAAAAUUGGAAUCUCAAUUAUAAUCAGAUAUUUUUAUAAGGGAAGGCUUUUAUAAUAGAAUUAUUUAAAAUAGAAUUACUUAAAUUUUCAAUUUCUGA